CACAUCUUGUAACAAACAGACGAGGAGCAGGAAGACAGACAGACAGACCGGUGGGCUGAUGUAAGGCGGGCUGAGGUCAGUUUGCGGUCGAUUGCUGUCUCAGUAUGUCUUUAUAUUAUAUAUCUGUUAGCCUGGCUGUAGGCCGGUGUAGAUAGCACUGUUAUUCCCCCUGAGCCUGACCUGAACCUGAACCGCUGCAGCACAACUGAAGAGGACGGAGUAGCCGGACUGCGAGGCCGUUUACUUGUAAGGAGACGAAGUUCCACCAGACUUCUUUUAAAAAAGAAGUCACUUAAAGCAUAGUGGAAAAUGAAGACCCUGAUGGUGUUUGAUUUUGACCACACUGUGGUCGAUGACAACAGUGACACUUGGGUGAUUAGAUGCCUUCCAGGUCAGACUCUUCCGGACUCUGUGAAGAAUUCCUACAGAAAAGGCCACUGGACUGAGUUCAUGGGCAGAGUGAUGAACUACAUAGGAGACCAGGAGGUCAGUCCAGACAGGGUCCGCAGUGUGAUGGAGACCAUCCCCUUCACAGCUGGAAUGACGGACUUGCUGACAUUCAUAUCGGAGCAUAAAAGCACCAUCGACUGCAUCGUCAUCUCUGACUCCAACACCAUGUUCAUAGACUGGAUCCUCCGCGCAUCCGGACUCCAGGCAGCCGUCGAUCAGGUUUUCACCAACCCGGCUAAGUUCAACGAGCUCGGGUACAUGGAGGUACAGUGCUACCACUCUCACGACUGCGACCGAUGCCCCGUCAACCUCUGUAAGAAAAAGGUCCUGGAGCUGUAUCUCUCGGAGCAGGCUGAUGGAGGCGUGGAGUACGAGCGCAUAUUUUACGUGGGGGACGGUGGGAAUGAUCUCUGUCCUACCUCCUGUCUGAGGGGGCAUGAUGUCGCCAUGCCCAGGAAGGGGUACACCCUGGAGAAACUGCUGGCCAGACUGGAAGGUCAGGAAGACAAGGCUUCUCUGAGAGCUAAAGUCAUUGCCUGGAGCAGCGGCACUGAAGUCCUGGAGGAACUGAAAGCAAGUAUGCAGUCGUAGUCGCGGCCUAUCAGCGGUACCUGAGAUACUGCACUUAUGGCAAAUAUAGAGUCUGCACUGUAGAGGGAAUAUGCUGCUCCCCAGAAUUGUUUAAAAUGUAGUUUUUAUUAUCACGACAGUAUUUUUAAUUUUUAAAGCGAAAAUGUUGAUGGUGGAAUGAUUUUCAUGUAAUUACAAAUCCUUUAAAAGUGAUGAUUCUUCUGCAGGAACUUUUAUCUCUGAAAACAGUAAGGACAACAAGGUUUCAGUGAUUGAGGUGGGAUAUGGAGGCAUCUGAGCCCAGUUACAAUACAAAUACAUUACAAAAACAACAUUUACGCAUGCAGUGUGUGUUUGACAGUGGAUCAUAAUUCAGAUAAGGUUAUAUUUAGUAUAAUAUUCAAGAUCUGGUUGACUGGAAAGUAUGGGGACUGCUGCCCUAAAAGUUUUUUUUUAAGUUUUUUAGCGCAUUAAAAGUGACAGUUGGAAAAUUUGCUCAUUAACUUAGUGCUUAGAGUUAUACGAGAAGAUUGAUACCCCCUUCCUGUCUGUACACGAAAUAUAUAAGGCUACAGUCAGCAGCCAAUUAGCCUAGCUUAGCUUAGCAUUAGGACUGGAAACAGGCUGGAACAGCUUGCCUUGUUCUGUUCAAAGGUAAAAGAACUCCACCUACCAACCUACCAGCACCUAUAGGCUAAACAACAUGUCUUCUUUUUCUUGUUUGUUUAAUCGAAACAAUGAACCAAGGAAAUAUGUUAACCAUUAUACAACACAAAGUUGUAUAAUGAAAUGAAGGCUUUACAGUUCUUUCGUCCUGCACACCUAGAAAAAGAGAAUUGAAUUCCUAGAAUAACAUGGAAAUUAAAAUAAAAUAAACCAAUCUAUACUGUUAUUUAAAUGGAUAUACACAUUUACACCCAUGAAACAAUGUUGCAGUGCAUUUUUGGAAUUUGCGUCUUUCAUCUUCACAAAAAAAAAAACCGUGUCAAACAAACAAGAAAAAGAAGCAAUCUUUUAUUUAGCUUUACCGGUGCUGGUAGGUGGAUUUUGUUACCAUUGGACCGAGCCAGGCUAGCUGUUUCCCCUUCCUUUCAGUCUUUGUGCUAAGCUAAGCUAAUGGACUCCUUGCUCUAUCUCCAUAUUUAGCUGACAGACCUGAUAGUAGUAUAGACCUUCUCAUUUAACUCUGGUCAAGAGCAGAUAAGAGUAUCACUGCAGGCUAAUUCCCAGGUGUCAGCUCUCAACCAUGAAGCUCAGCAGGUGUUCAUCAACCACACUGAAACACACCACAUUUGUAUCCACCCUGUCAGUACUUAAUGUCAUCACAAUAUGUUCAAUAAGAGUUUAUAAAUGUCACUCAGCACUUCAGUCAUGUGUGAAGCCAUUGCAGUUUGCUUCACUAACACUAUAAAACACACAAACACUCUUUAUGACUUUAUUUAUGUAUUACCACUGUGGCAAUAGUCCCUUUUUUUGUUCAGCCAUCGCUCAUUUUAUUCUUCACACCUGUGCUUUUCCUACUGCGACAAGACAAAACAUCUUCAGUGAAAAAGGUGGAUUAUAUUAUAGCUACAGUAGCUAGCUCAGGGCUGCAGCCACCACUCUGAAUGCAUACCACCUCAUGAUGAACUUACCUCAGUUGCAAUAUAAUACAAUAUAAAUUAAAUUGAUAAAGAUUAAAGAAAUUACAGUGUUUCAAUUGUUGAAACAUUUUUUCUAAAUUAUUGAAAAUGCAAACUGUCUUGCCUAAUACACUUUUCAAACUAUGUCAAAGUUGUUUAGUGUUACUUAGUCUUACAUCUGAAAGCCUCGCUUCCAACAGUAAAAAUAAGUUCAGUUGCUUACAACCCUAAACCGACACAUAACUGAGCUAACAGGGUUUAUUAGCUUAUUAUAUUGAGUUCUUUAGACAAUGUUUGCUACUCUGUGCCUGUGAACACAUCUGCCCUUUAGUGAUUUCAACUGAUUUACAUCUAAAGUCUGUGGUGUGUAGCCAGAUCUCUGAAGCUGUCUUGAUUGUUUACACCAGGUUUGGAUUGAUCUGGUGUUAACUCUCAGUUGGCUCCGUUAAAUGGCACAAACCAUAAGUAUUUUUUAAAGCUAAAUGAACAAAAAUUCUGUUUUUCUACAAUAGCCCACAGAUGUACUAAGUCCUGUGAAUAAUUUUCCUGAGUGAAAUCCAGAAGCACUGUUUUAACAUCCGUCCACACUUUACACGUUUGAGAAAGUUCCAGUUUAUUCAGUAAUAUUAUCCAGAUAACCAGGAAACUGAAGAUAGUGUUGGAUUAAUCCUGGGACUUCAUCCAGGUUUCACAUAGCCAGUUUAUAUCACUGGGACAGAGUACUGGGUUUCCAAUUUCAUGGAAACACAUGCUUUGAGAGAUUUGUGUUGACACUGUCAUGAGGCAACAUGUGAAAUGUUAUGUUUGUUCUUAAUCUUGUAAUUCUAAUGAUGCAAUUAAAACCAGAAACCUCUUGUA